AAGAAGAAGAAGAAGAAAAAGAAAGAAAUCUACUGUAAAAAAAUAAAAAUUUUUAAGGAUAUCAAUGAGAACCUUUUUUUGGGAUGUUCAAACUGCUCACCACCUUUAACUGAGAAUAACCCUACUAUGUAUUGACUUAGUGGCCAUUAGGUUAAAUUUUAGAUUAAAAAAGAUAAAGAUUUAGAUAAAUAAAGAAUGAUCUCUUGUUUUAGUUAAUUGCUAAUUAUGUUAUAGAAAAUGUUGAAAAUCUUUGCUAAAAAAGCACACUAAAAAGUAAAAUAGACGUUUUCCAGAAUUAUUAAAAAUGUUGUCCAAAUUAAUUCUAAAUCUGUUUUUCUCUUCUUUAGGAUGCUAGAAAAGCAUGUGGUGACACAACACUUGGUCAGAUGACAACGAGUCUGGAUUCUGUAGGAAGAAUUCAGAUGCGAACAAGGCGUACACUUCGAGGUCACUUAGCUAAGAUUUAUGCCAUGCACUGGGGAUAUGAUUCAAGGCUCCUAGUCAGUGCUUCCCAAGAUGGAAAACUAAUCAUUUGGGAUAGCUAUACAACAAAUAAGAUGCAUGCCAUUCCUUUGAGAUCUUCCUGGGUGAUGACCUGUGCUUAUGCUCCCUCUGGUAAUUAUGUUGCUUGUGGUGGUUUGGAUAACAUCUGUUCCAUCUACAACCUGAAAACUAGGGAAGGCAAUGUGAGAGUGAGCCGGGAGUUACCGGGCCAUACAGGCUACUUAUCCUGCUGCCGUUUCUUAGAUGACAACCAAAUUGUUACAAGUUCAGGAGAUACAACCUGUGCUUUAUGGGACAUUGAAACUGGCCAACAGACCACCACGUUCACUGGACAUACUGGAGAUGUGAUGAGUCUGUCUCUAAGUCCUGACAUGAAAACUUUCGUUUCUGGUGCUUGUGAUGCCUCUUCUAAACUCUGGGAUAUCCGAGAUGGCAUGUGUAGGCAGUCUUUCAUUGGGCAUGUGUCAGAUAUUAAUGCUGUCUGUUUCUUUCCCAACGGGCACGCGUUUGCCACCGGCUCUGAUGACGCCACUUGCCGGCUCUUUGACCUUCGUGCAGACCAAGAGCUGAUGAUGUAUUCUCACGAUAACAUCAUCUGCGGCAUCACUUCGGUAGCCUUCUCCAAAAGUGGCCGCCUCCUGCUGGCGGGCUACGACGACUUCAACUGUAACGUGUGGGACACGCUGAAAGGAGAACGUGCAGGUGUUCUUGCUGGCCACGACAACCGCGUCAGCUGUCUAGGCGUCACCGACGACGGCAUGGCUGUAGCGACGGGAUCUUGGGACAGUUUUCUUAGAAUCUGGAAUUAACUGGGUUGUAUGUGUUUUACCUUCUCCGCUGAGAUCUGGAGAGAUCAAUGCUGCAGCCUGUAGCUGUGAAAUAACAUUUCUACCUUGUAUUUGCAGGUGAAGUGGGGGGUUUUCUAUUCACUAUUACACUCACACACACAAAGGCUUUAUGUAAACUAUUAGAAAAUAAAGUGAAGAAAAGGGGGGAGGGGGGCCAGUGUAUAAAAUCAUGGUGACAAGAAAGCAAACACAGACCCGGUUUUGUUUUGGGAAUUUUGGGUAGCUUGUUCUGAGGAAUUUCUGCUUGUGCUCAGAGUCUGCUAAUCUUCCAUUUUCCUGGUAUGGAACAGAAUGCACACACUAUUGCAGCCUCUCCCGUAACAUUUGUCUGUCUAACGUACGUCUGCUUUUUUUUUAAAGAACGACAUUUAUAGCUUUGCAUCUAUCUGAAACGUCGUAUUUCUGAAUUUUGGAGAUCAGAUGAUAGCUUGGCAGGAUCUAGUCUUUGUGAAAGUGCUCUGCAUGGGACAUGCUGCCGUGGCUUUGGGCGGGCAGCCGUGCCUCCUCCAGGUGGGCCCCGGGGAUUCCUUCUGGAGCCCUUCCCUGUUCUGACACGGCACGCGCGCCUUUCCCCCGUGGCUCCCGGUGCCUCCUUUAACACCAGCUGCUGUUCCCAGAAUGAAGGGCCCACAUUUCAGCUGGGACAGAUGGGCUAGGUAGACUCCUGAAGAUGCGCUCUCGACCCUGGCCAAAUAGCCAUUUUCUUCUCUGGGGCUCUACAGGAAGUUGUAGAAUCGCCUGCAUGUCCAGACCAGAGGCGCAGACGGACCCACGGCCGACAUUCUUUUGCACAUUCUUCAAGGCUAAUUGUAAUACGAUGACACUAGGAGGGGCGUGUCCCACUGUGAGCCUGGCCAGUUGAACUUCAGGACGCUGAGUUUUUAGGCUAUUUGGAAAAUUUCAGGUUUUUUUUUGUUUUUUGUUUUUUGGUUCUUUGCCUCAGAGAUAUAGAAUGAGUUGUUUUUUUUCUGCAAACCUGGUGAUCCUUCCCAGGAUUUCACCCGAGUAUAGAUGCCUCUUCUAUGUAUGGCUAAUUUAGUAAGAUAGCACUGUGUUUAGAGUGAAGAGCAUUAUCCCUUGUCUCUGGGUCAGUAACCUAUUUAAAACCUUAAGUAAACUGUCCUCUUAAAUUUAAAAUUUAGGUUAGUGAAAAUGGCCCAUGCCUUCACGUCUUAGUCGCUGCCAUGAAUCCAUCCCUUAUUUUGUCUCAAUAUUCCCUCCAGUGCCAACCGUCCAUUUCUUAAGCUCUUUGGCUGAUUUUAAAGAUCGCCUCUAAGCCGCGGCACCCCCAAGGAGCCGGCCUCGCAGCCAGGCACGCUGCGAUUCCCAACUUCCUUAGAGAGUGGCUUCGUCUCACUAGCACCGGGUCCGCCGGAAGAGCUGGGCUCGAAGCGCCCUCGUCUUUCAGAAAAAACCUUUUCCUGUGACGGAUCUCCCUUAGAAAUCAGUCACUCAAUGGGUGGCGUUGCUUCCCCUUGUUACUUCUUGGGAAAGACUGUCGAGUCCUUUUUGUGAACGUUGGGGCCACGGAUUCCUGCCGAGACCAACUUGACGCUUUGAUCCCAUGUUACUCCCAACGUCAGCACUUCCAAACUGUGCCUGUAUAUCUGUCUUGUUUACAAAUAGUAAAGCGUGCCAACCACCGUGAAUUUGGGAGCAGGUCCAUAGAGAGAAUGUACUUGGGGCCAAUUCGGGAGGCAGCAGACCAAAAUUAUUCUACGCUGUAUAUUACAAGAACUCGCACGUUUUCCUUUUUCUGUGAGAUGACUUUUGGAUGAAUGAUGUGCUGUCCUAGUGACAUGUCUGUGUGUCUUCAUAAGGAGCAGCUCUUUGGGGUCAGACAGAAGGUGCAUACCUCUGAAAAAAGCAUUGUCAUUUGGUUCAACAUCAGGAAAAAUGGCUAAAAAGCAAACUAAAUGAGAGAAGUCCUUGCCAUCAGUUUGGAAGCUGCAUGGCAAUAGCCAUAAUUAUCAGUGGCACAUGGACAAACCACAAGUGUUAUCAAGUCACCAACAGAGUUUUUUCUUAAGUGUUUACUUUCAUAUUUCAACAAUUUGGAGACCAGUUUAAAAUAACUGAUGACUCGAGUGAUUAACAAGUUUAUGCAUAUAAUAUUGAUGUCAAGAGUCAUCUUUGUGCCAUGUUGAGUGACUGCCAGGAGUGUCCAAGGCUAUUUCAGUAAAUCUGAAAUCGGGUAGGCUGACAGUUCCCUUGUUUCUAAGCACCAGAUGGCAUAGUUUGCCAGUUGUUGAAUUUAUCUACAGAUUGGGAGUUCAGCAUGGCUGUCCACCAUGUAUUUCUAUUCUUUAAGUAUUCCUUAAGUUGACAGGAAGGUACACACAUGGGAAAUCUACUGAUCUUUAAAUUGGUUGAAAGGAAAACAAUGCCAUCCAAACAAUGCCACUUCCAUCUGUAUCAAAAAUAUUAGCAAUUUCUUGUGCGUUAGUAGAAAUAAAAUUAUUCUCGAAUCCUAAAAUUUAUUCAGCUGUUUUUUACUGUACCAUGUCAGUGAUUGACAUUUGAGCAUAAAGCACUUUAAAACAAAAUGACUACUUCUGGCAUAAGGUUCCCCCCAAAAUUGAGUAUUUCUUCUAUUUUUUCCUCUUCCACAGAUUUUAACAGAGUUAAUUUUUAAUCUCUGCAAAGGGCUCAGGUGACCUGGCCUGGCAGUUUGUGUCAUAUUCAGAUUUUCAGAGCUGUUGGGUCCCAGUGGGCAGGGGGCAACAUCUGGUGUCAAUUUCAUUAUUGGUAGUCAUGGAACAGAAAAUCAAGCUUUCCAAAGGGGUGUUUUAGGGACCCCUUUCUACUGUUUAAUGUGUGCCUCAUGGUUUAAAUGAGAAAAUUCUAAGUGUGGUUGAAAUUUAACAUUCUGUACUCUCAAAAUUCAUUGAUUUGCUCAGAUUGCUAGGAAAUGGAUUGGGUCUUCCCCCAAAUGGGACUAAAACAAUGAUGCUGUGAACCUGAUUCUGAUCACUACAAAGGGCUUUCUAGAGUUUUCCUGACGUGUUUGAAAAGACUGCUUAUACGUUAGUUCUGACAUGGAAAGCAUGAAUGGAACAAGAAUAAUGUCCGAAACUGGUAUUUCUAGUCUUUUGUCAGUUCCGAUUAGCAAUGCCGUCUGGAGGUGGCAGAUUCAUCUUUAAAAGUCCAUCCACGUACCGCUUGUCCCAUUGUGACAUCGUGUUUUAUGUUUAUGAGGAACACGAAAAACAUUCCAUUCAUUUUCUCCCUUUGUUCAGAGGACAGUCAGCGGCCACCAGAUUGGAGGGCUCUACUUCAAAAUCCUGGUUACUUAGAGUAGGUGAAAAUAAGCCCGUUGUCUGCUGUGUUGGGCAGCAGAAUGACUGGCUUCGAGAUCCCAUUUGUGUACAAAUUAAGCAAGCUUGGGCUGGUGGUGCACCUCGUAUUCCGCGAUCUGGCCUGCAUGCUGGUAAAGCUUCCUACACUUCGGAGGCACCACAGGCCUUUUUAUCCAGUUGCUGGUUAUGUAAAAUACAUGCAGAAUGUUAAUGCAGUGUUGUAAUGGUAAAAUGUGUCAAGUGUUACUAAUUGAUAUAACUGAUAACAGAUUAAAUGUGCCUGACAAAAUCUUGUACCACACACAGUAUGUUAGGUUUUUGACUAAUAUGGACUUCAGUGGAAUAGUCUUUAGAUAUUUCAAGCCUUUGUUUUACUUACACAAUGGUGCUCUAUUCCGUGUUUUUUCUCCUUUCAAAGAGGCAUUCGAACACUUGUACUACAUAAUACAUCCAAAGGAGUCCAAAUGUAAUUGGUUUUUAAAAACUUUUGUUUUGCAGUCACUGUAUAUGAUAGUUAAAUUUCCGAUAUAUUUCUUCUCAUCUUACUCAGAAUAUUUGUUUUACACACUCUGUGCUGACUUAGACCAGAUAAGUCAGUAAAGAUUACAAACAAUUCCAAACAAUUCCACACUGCCUUUGGAGUGUGUCUGUAUCCACCUAACAGCUUUAAUUUAAGCUAAUAAAAACCAGGGACUCGUGCCGUGCAUUCUCCAAUAGUGCUUUUGCAUCAAUGACUUCCCUGUGAAAAUGGUCACUUGCUAUGAAUUUCUGUUUAUAGCUUUUUUCCAAUGGAUUUGAUCUUUGUAUUUGUACAGUGGCUCAGUGAAACAUGGUGCCAUGAGUUGAUAUUGUAACCAAUAAACAAGUGCUUUUAACCAGA